UCCUGAACACACAUGGUGACUCUCUCUCUCUCUCUUCUUGCACCAUGUGUUUCCAGCGAUUCUAUGAGACGUGGUUGGAGCAGCUCCGCCACCUGAUACAGCAGCUCCGCCGGGCGCCCAAACCCCCGGCCACCCAAGACGAGAACCGCCGCCUCCUCCAACUCGUCCACAACGUCGUCACUCACCACUCCGAGUACUGCCGAGUCAAGUCAGUCGCCGCAGAGAGCGACGUCCUCGCUGUGUUCACUGCCCGCUGGACCUCCGCCCUGGAGCGGAGCCUCCACUGGAUCGGGGGGUGGCACCCCACCACUGUCUUCCACCUUAUCUACUCCGAGUCCAGCAUCCUGUCCGAGUCCCACAUCGUGGACAUCCUCAGCGGCCGCCGCGCGGCGGGGGACCUCGGGGACCUGUCGCCGAGUCAACUCAGCCGCGUGAGCGAGCUGCAGUGCGAGACUGUGCGGGAGGAGAACGCGAUCACGGACGAGCUGUCGGAGUGGCAGGAGAGCGCGAGCGAGGUGGGGCGUUCGAUGAUGAGGGAGGAGGAGGAGCUGGAGGGGAGGAUCCAACGGCUGGCGAGCGUGGUGGAGAAGGCGGAGGAUCUACGGCUGAGAACGAUCCGAGGAGUGGUGGAGCUGUUGACCCCACAACAGGCUGCGGAGUUCUUGAUUGCAGCGGCUGAGUUGCAGAUUGGGGUCCACGAGUGGGGACUGCAUUACGACCGUCAGCGUGGAAGUGAUUGAUUUUUUUUUGAUAUCACACGUCCGUUUCAGUGUUAUAUUACUCAUCUAUCUAAGCAUUUAUAAAUAGGUUUUUUCAAUUAAUAUUUUUAUUUUUAUCAUUUUAAAUAUUAUUUUUUUAACAUGUUACAAUUUACAAUUAUUUACCAAACACUUAUGUUUAAGAGUACCUUUCCAAUUGUUAUCUCAAGUUAAUUCUUUUAAAAAGCUUUUUAUUAAAUAACUUUUACAACCACUUCGAUAAAAAGGAACUUAUUGCACAUUUGAUAUGUAAGAAUGGUAUGAAGUCGAGAGGAAUAUAAUUGAAUUUAUUAUUUAAUUUUGUCACGUAUUCUGUUCAAAUUUCGUUUCAUUCUUUUCUUACUCCCAUUUUAUCCACAAACCGAAAAUGACCUUAACUCUCAAUAUACAUUUCUUUUGGAGGAGGUAAAACAAAGCCCUCUUCCAAAUGUUCCCAACUAAAUCCACAAGCCAGGAUGGUAUGCCCGCUAACUUUUUACCAAAAAAAAAAAUAGACAUGUCUUACAGCCGAUAACUAAUAUGAUUUAGUUUUGACCUAUUUCUGCAUAAAAUCACUGCAAAAGUACUAGACAAUAGGCUGAAUUGGGUGUUUCCCAGUAUCACCUCAAAUAAUCAAAAUCCCUUUGUUCUUAGUAAGCCCAUACCAAUAUGUGCUUGCUGCCUACAAGACUACGAACUUCCUCGAUCCUAAAAGGCAGGGUUAGAAUGGGGCUAUGAUACUAAAAUUCUAUACGAAUAAGGCUAAAAACUGCAAUCUUAUUAUGAUGCGUGUUUCUACAGUCUCGUAUUCGGGUCAUGUUAAAUGGUGAUCAAAGACACUACUUUGAAAAUAGAAACCCUACUACCUCUUUAUCUUAUGGGGAGGGGGAAUUUUCCUACCUAUUCCAUUGAAAGAAAGUUAUAGGUAGUAUCAAUGGAAACAAGAUUUGCAGAAUUGCUCCAGAGAUGCAAUUUCUCGUGCGGAUGCGUCUCUUGCUUGCCUCAGCAACUACUAACCACUGGCAGGGGUGGUUCAGGACUAUGAGAAAGCUUAAGUCAAAUGUGUAGAGUCGUCAAGUUGGGCAUGACUUAAGCAGGUAUAUGCAGGAGAACCUAUAAGUGGUCAUCACUUCCAUUCUUGAAAUACCAUGGUCUUCGAUGAGGGGAAAACAUCUAGGUUCCACCUCUUUCAUGGGAAUAUCAAAGACAAAGGUAUUUCGGGGUGGUUACAAGGCUAGAAGGAGAACCUCAUAUCAAAAGCUAGUGAGCAGAUAUGCCUUAAAUCAGUUCUCAGGCUAUUCUUUCUAAUACUGUGAGUUGUUUCAAGGUAUCUUGCACAUCAUUCCCAAGUGAGAGGAUAACUCAUGCACCCGCUACAUCCCUUGGAUUAUCACUGUUGGGUACUGCCUUGUACCAAUUGGGCUAUCAUAAGCCACUUGGAUCUUCAGAUGCCUUUCUAGGGCCAUGUAUGUGCCACUCUGUGGAGGAUUUUGUCCUAAGGAUAUUUAGUGGCACACGUGCUUACUCGAGGAAUGUGCUUUGAGGGCACUGGUAAAAAGCAAGAAGUUUGCAUCUUAAAACUGAAAUUUUAUCCAAGUUAAUGAAGUGAAGGUUUAUGCUUCCUGAGAAAGCAUCGUCAACAUUGAUAUGUAACCCACCAAGGAUUGUCCUACAGCCAUCAAUAGUUAAGGUGGAACUACAUCAUUUUAUAAUGUUACUAUGUUCAAAAAAUUAUUAAUACAUGCACAUCAGCACUCAUUGAGUAUAUGAACACACGCAGACACAAACAUAUAUAUAUAUAUAUAUAUAUAUGGGUGUCAUGAGUGUGCCUUUUUAUUUUUCUUUUUUUGAAGAACACAUUUCAUACUGACACAAUAAUACAAAAUGACAUAUAGAUAUGCUUCUAAAAUAAAUUUUGUGAGAUCUAUUUUCAAACUGAACCUUUUGCCAAAGCAUAUUCUCAGUUAGUAAAUUUGGAGAAAAUUAAUUAUAGAACAUGAAUCAAGAUGGUUCCCACAAAAAUAAAUUGUUUUAAGAGGCUUUAGUGUGUCAAACACUAAUCACAAGAGGGUAAACCACAUAAAGGUCACUUGAAACAAACUGGAGAAUCCAAAGCUAGCCAACUUUGAUCAGAUUGCUUUAUACACACCCCUAAAAAGAUCUUGGUUGAAUAAAAAAGUCUAACUGCCAAAGAAUCACAACAUAUCUAAGCCAAAAUUCAAAACAGUAACAGUUAUAGAUUCAUAUAAACUCUCCCAAAUAAUUUAAAACUAUGAACAUAUAUACAUAACAAUCACUAAAUCUACAACUUUCGCAAGGAAAUUAUCGGGAAAUAUUUUAAGAUAUAAAUAAAUUCACAAAACCUUUUCUUCAAGUUAAGAAGAGAAAACACUUCUUGGGGAGGCAAGCACCUUUCUCUCUUACUAUGCCCCAUCCCCUAUGCCUUUAUGAGACUGCGGGAACAGGGCUAUGAAGAGAGAGAGUCGCUUCCCUCUCGUAAGAAAGAGCUAGCACUAAGUUCCUCAAGAAAGUA